AUGCGGAGCGCGCACCCCCUGCUCCUCUUCUCCUCCCUGCUCGCCCUCUGCGGGCGAGGGGACUGCCGCAUGGCCAACGCCGAAGAGAAGCUAAUGGAUGACCUCCUGAACAAGACCCGCUACAACAACCUGAUCCGCCCGGCCACCAGCUCCUCGCAGCUCAUCUCCAUCCACCUGCAGCUCUCUCUGGCCCAGCUCAUCAGCGUGAACGAGCGAGAACAGAUCAUGACCACCAACGUCUGGCUGAAGCAGGAGUGGACUGACUACCGCCUGGCCUGGGACAGCUCCCGCUACGAGGGGGUGAACAUCCUGAGGAUCCCUGCCAAGCGCGUCUGGCUGCCCGACAUAGUGCUCUACAACAACGCCGACGGGACCUACGAGGUGUCCGUCUACACCAACGUGGUGGUCCGCUCCAACGGCAGCAUCCAGUGGCUGCCGCCCGCCAUCUACAAGAGCGCGUGCAAGAUCGAGGUGCGGCACUUCCCGUUCGACCAGCAGAACUGCACGCUCAAAUUCCGCUCCUGGACCUACGACCACACGGAGAUCGACAUGGUGCUCAUGUCGCCCUGGGCCCUCGUGGACGACUUCACGCCCAGCGGCGAGUGGGACAUCGUGGCGCUGCCGGGGCGCAGAACGGUGAACCCGCGCGACCCCAGCUACGUGGACAUCAGCUACGACUUCGUCAUCCGCCGCAAGCCGCUGUUCUACACCAUCAACCUCAUCGUGCCCUGCGUGCUCAUCACCUCGCUGGCCAUCCUGGUCUUCUACCUGCCGUCCGACUGCGGCGAGAAGAUGACGCUGUGCAUCUCCGUGCUGCUGGCGCUCACCGUCUUCCUGCUGCUCAUCUCCAAGAUCGUGCCGCCCACCUCGCUGGACGUGCCGCUCAUCGGCAAGUACCUCAUGUUCACCAUGGUGCUGGUCACCUUCUCCAUCGUCACCAGCGUGUGUGUGCUCAACGUGCACCACCGCUCGCCCAGCACGCACACCAUGGCGCCCUGGGUGCAGCGCUGCUUCCUGCGCACGCUGCCCGCCUUCCUGUUCAUGAAGCGCCCGGGCCCCGCCGAGACCCCGCAGCCCCGCCGCUCACGCCCGCCGCCGCCGCCCCCCGAGGCCGCCGCCGGCCUCUGUGGGGACCCCAUGUACUUCGUGAACCCGGCGGCGGCCAAGUCCCCCGCGGGGCUCCCCAGGGAGUUCCGGCCCCGGGCCUCGGCGAGGUUCCGGCAGGACGUGCAGGACGCGCUGGAGGGGGUCAGCUUCAUCGCCCAGCACCUGAAGAGCGACGACGAAGCCCAGAGCGUGGUUGAGGACUGGAAGUACGUGGCCAUGGUGGUCGACCGGCUGUUCCUGUGGGUCUUCGUGUUCGUGUGCGUCCUGGGCACCGUGGGGCUCUUCCUGCCUCCCCUCUUCCAGACCCACUCGCCCUCCGAGGGUGCCUAGGCCACCCGGCUGUCCACAGGGCCCUGGGGGAGUGAGCCGAGCACGGACAGGCGGGCAGGUGGUCGCCUGCUCCUGGGUCACGGCUCAUG